AUGGGUUCCAUGCCGGUUCAGACAUCCUUUGAUGUUGAAGAUGUCCUCUCACAACUUGAAAUUUCUGAGAAGGUCGCCCUGCUGUCCGGGAUCGACUUCUGGCACACAGCUCCAGUGCACCGACUGGGCGUCCCAUCUAUUCGACUGUCAGAUGGACCAAAUGGAGUUCGCGGCACCCGUUUCUUCAAUGGCGUUCCAGCUGCCUGUCUACCAUGUGGAACUGGACUUGCUGCUACUUGGGAUACAGCACUUAUCAAGAGAGGUGGCACAUUACAAGGUGACGAGGCCAUCGCAAAAGGAGCCUCAGUAAUCCUUGGUCCAACCACAAAUAUGCAGAGAUCGCCAUUGGGUGGUCGUGGCUUUGAGAGUUUCAGUGAAGACCCAUAUCUUGCUGGAGCCAUGAGUGCUGCAACUAUCAACGGGAUCCAAUCAACUGGCGUUGCCGCUACUAUCAAGCACUACGUCUGCAACGACCAAGAAGAUCAAAGGCAAUCGGUCGACAGUAUUCUAACAGAGCGUGCUCUUCGAGAGAUCUAUCUUAUGCCGUUCAUGAUCGCUGAAAAGGAUUCAAGACCAGACUGUUAUAUGACCGCAUACAAUAAAGUCAAUGGUAUUCAUGCCAGCGAGAAUCCUCGACUGAUUCAAGAUAUUCUCCGCAAAGAAUGGGGUUUUGAUGGACUUGUCAUGAGUGACUGGUUUGGUACAUAUUCUACCAGCGAAGCCAUCAAGGCAGGCCUGGAUCUCGAGAUGCCUGGACCUUCCUACAUUCGGGGCAAACUCAUCAACCAAGCCCUUGGUUGCGGGAAGCUCAGCCCAACAGAUGUUGAUGCAAGAGUUCGUGAAGUCCUGAAGCUAGUCAAGAAAGUUCAGCCUCUAGGCAUACCUGAAAAUGCGGAAGAAACCACCAUUGACAGCCCAGAAACUGCUGCAACCCUUCGCGCCCUUUCAUCCAACGGUCUUGUGCUUUUGAAAAAUAAGGGCAAUGUACUACCAUUCAAGAAAGAGAAAACGACCGCCAUCAUUGGGCCCAACGCUGCUUAUGCUGCAUUCUGUGGCGGGGGUUCUGCCUCGCUCCAGCCAUACUAUGCCGUCAGUCCUCUCGAAGGUAUUCGUUCCAAGGUACCAGAAGCGAAGUACGAAUUAGGUGCACCUGGUUGGAAGUCGGUGCCAUUAAUGUCGAGGGUCACAAAGACAACCGACGGCCAAAUCGGACUUACAAUGAAAGUUUUCCUCGAGCCCGCAUCUGUCACUAGCCGCAAGGCGGUAGAUGAAGUUUUCGUGAACAAGUCCGACAUCCUUCUAGUCGACUAUAAACAUCCACUGGUUAAGACCUAUCUAUACUGGCUCGAGUUGGAUGGUACUUUCACCCCCGAAGAAACUGCUGAGUACGAGUUUAGUCUUGCUUGUGCUGGCAGUGGCAAGAUCUUUGUCGAUGGCGAGGUCGUUGUCGAUAACGAAACCGCUCAAAGACCCGGGAAUACCUUCUUCGGCGCCGGUACUGCAGAAGAAAUCGGUACCCUCAAACUUGAAAAGGGAGUCACUUACAACAUAUUGACCAAGUUUGGAACUUUCCCUACGAUGUCCUUCACCACCCCAGGCACCACUGGUUUCGGCUCUGGAGGUCUCAGAAUAGGUCUUGAGAGAAAGGCGGAGCUCCAGACUGAAAUCGAAAGGGCUGUGAAGGUCGCUCAAGAGGUUGACCAAGUCGUACUUUGUGCAGGAUUGAACGCAGAGUGGGAAACCGAAGGCCACGACAGAGAAGACAUGAACCUUCCUCCGGGAACAAAUGAAUUGAUCCAAGCUGUUAUUGCGGCAAAUCCGAACACUGCUGUCGUCAUUCAGUCUGGAACGCCCGUUUCAUUGCCAUGGGUUAAUCGAGUGCCUGCAUUAGUUCACGCAUGGUACGGUGGAAAUGAGACUGGCAAUGCUAUUGCUGACGUUGUCUUUGGCGAUACUAAUCCAAGCGGAAAGUUACCCCUCACUUUCCCAGUCAAGAACGAGGACAACCCAGCCUUCCUGAAUUACAAAUCUGAGCGCAAUCGUGCGAUAUAUGGCGAGGAUGUGUACAUCGGGUACCGAUUCUACGAAAAGACCAAUAAAGAGGUGGCCUUCCCUUUCGGACAUGGCUUGAGCUAUACAACAUUCGAAUUGACUGAUCUAUAUGUUGACGAUAACGGUAUCGAUGUCACAAUAUCUGUAUCGGUCUCAAAUACUGGGAAGGUUGAUGGUGCUCAGGUCGUGCAGGCCUAUGUAGCUCAGCAGAAUCCCAGCCUCAACAGACCCAAGAAGGAACUCAAGGGUUUUUCAAAAGUUUACGUCAAAGCAGGCGAGACUGUCAAAACCGAGAUUGUGAUCUCCAAGAAGUAUGCGACUAGCUUUUGGGACGAGGGAAGAGAUGCUUGGGUAAUGGAGAGAGAUGUCUUUGAUGUGCUGGUAGGCGAUUCCAGUACUAAUACGCCACUAAAAGGCCAUUUCCGUGUCUCUCAGUCGGCGUGGUGGAGAGGUUUGUAA